AUGCACCUCAAAUACUUUGCUCUGUUGUUUGCAGCUGUCGUUACUGCACUGCCGGCUAUUCCAGUUGCAGACAUUAGCACCGCAAAGACUCAUGCCGCACCGGAAGCAGGGCUCGUGCUACGAGAUUACAGUGCUGGUGUCAACUUGAAACCGAGGUGGAAGGCCGAUUUAUCCGGCAGAACUUUCGUGGGUGGAGGAUGGACUGUGGUCAUCAAGGAAUGGACGCCAAUGUUUACAUCAAGAAUACACGCACGCAUCCCAACAAACGCACACGACAUCACUGCGCUAGGGAUGACUGUUUCGCGUUUAUUCAGGCAAGCCGACCCCAUGUCUACGCAUGCCGGCGAAAUUAAUGAUGGUUGGCUUAUAGAGGCUUGGGCUGGAGACCUGCACUUCCCUAUUCACCACUGGCCACGAGAGCUUGUAUUGGCGCUGGUAAAGGCUGUUUGUUACGCGGCUAGGGAUAAUUACCCAGCCAAUGGCUUUUUUUAUGAAAUUUGGUCGGCAGGUUAUGGGGAGGUUUUAAUGAGGCUUACUGUAACGCCGAGGUUCGACAACGGGUUUUAG